AAUGGUAAUGACCUGGUAUCAUCGCUUCCAUCUUCCUCGCGAUGCUUAUCUCUUCGGGGUGGCUUCCGAGCCGUUUUCUUAGUUUACAAUGUACAAGGACUGCUAGAACGUAUCAAAAGAGGAGAGCUUUCCCAGUUUCGUGCCUUACACAUCAUCACCGAAACCAACGCGGUAGAAAUGAGCCCUGAGGAGCUGGUGAUCAGACGACAACUAGAGGAUUUGGGAGUGGACCUCAAGUUUUAUGAGCAAGACAUACUGCACGGUGUGGAUUACGCGGUCCUGGAAGAUGAAGGCUGGACAGUAAAUGAUAAGAUUGGAGGUUCGCUUGACUUUUAA